UAUUAUAGGAGGGAGGUUCUCGAAUGAAGUUCCAUAAGUAGGGUUCUGGGUCUGAACAGAACCUAACCAAUCUUUUACGGUUCAGUUGCGUGUGCACCCUAGUUUCUCAGCUUAUAACUUUAGUGCCAUUAAACUUCUAUUUAAGGCCAGCCGGCCAGAAGAAUAUACAAGUACUCCAGUUGUUUUAGUUACUUCAGUGCCACACCCAACAACCAAAUAUGUCUCCCUUCACAUUUUCUGUUCUCUUGGUGCUCAUCGGAGCUCUAUGGUCAUUCAUCCAUCUCCGCCUGGCCGCCUCAUCACCACGGAACCACCAGAAACUACCACCAGGUCCCCGAGGCCUACCGGUCAUCGGUAACCUCCAUAUGGUGACAAAGUUGCCUCAUCUUCUGGCUCAUCAUUUAGCCAAAAAAUAUGGUCCCAUCAUGUCCAUGCGGCUAGGCUCUGUGCUAACCAUUGUAAUCUCAUCGCCCCAAGCUGCCGAGCUUAUCCUCAAGACCCAUGACACAGUGUUUGCUAGCCGGCCAAAAGUCCAAGUACCUAACCACUUUUCCUAUGGUGGAAAGGGUGUGGUUUUCACCGAGCAUGGUUCAUAUUGGCGCAACGUUAGGAAAUUCUGUACACUGGAGCUUCUAAGUGUGACGAAGGUCGAUUCGUUCGCGGGUGUCCGAAGGGAGAAGAUAGAGUCAAUGGUGCAAUUAGUAAUGGAUGCAGCGAAAGCGAGUGAGGUUGUGGAUUUGAGCAAUAAGGUGGGCGAAGUGAUUGAGGACAUGACGUAUAAGAUGGUCGUUGGGUGCAGUAGAGAUGAUAGGUUUGAUCUCAAGGGUAUUGUUCACGAGGCCCUACACUUGGCAGGAGCUUUCAACCUGGCUGACUAUAUCCCUUUCCUUGGGGUACUUGACCUUCAGGGGUUGACUCGACGCCUAAAGGCAACCAGCAGUGCCAUUGACAAAUUCUUGGAGGUCAUUAUUAAUGACCAUGUUGAAGAAGCGGCUAGAAAUGGGCAACAAAGGCAUGACAAAAACUUCAUCCAUAUAAUGCUAUCAUUAAUGAUGAACCAGUCUGCAUCAACUACCCACGACAAGCUAUCGUUCAUGAUUAAUCGGACGAAUAUAAAAGCAAUCGUAUUGGACGUGAUCGCAGCAGCUAUUGACACGUCAACUAUAGCCAUAGAGUGGGCCCUCUCCGAGCUCAUUAAGCAUCCGAGGGUGAUGAGCCGGCUCCAAGAAGAGCUCAAGAGUGUUGUUGGAAUGCGUCAAAUGGUGGAAGAGACAGAUUUGGCCAAGUUUAAUUACCUAGACAUGGUAAUUAAAGAGACUUUGAGACUACAUCCAGUUGGGCCAUUACUGAUUCCUCGUGAGUCCAUAGAGGACAUUGUGAUAGAUGGAUAUUACAUUCCUAAGAAAUCACAAAUUAUAGUGAAUGCUUGGGCGUUGGGACAUGAUCCUAAUGUGUGGUCCGAUAAUGUAGAUGAUUUCUUUCCUGAGAGGUUUAUUGGAAGCAACAUAGACCUCCGAGGACGUAAUUUUCAACUUUUACCAUUUGGGUCAGGUCGGAGAGGAUGUCCAGGAAUGCAUUUAGGAUUAACGACCAUUCGAUUAAUGGUGGCUCAAUUAGUGCAUUGCUUCGACUGGAAGUUGCCUGAUGGCAUGUCAUGCAGUGAGUUGGACAUGAAUGAAAAGUUUGAUCUCGCAAUGCCAAAAGCCAAACACUUGCUCGCCGUGCCAACGUAUCGCCUCGGUGACAAAAGCUUAUGAAUAAGUACACCUUAUGUGAAGUGAAUUAUCCUUAUUUCAGGCUAUUGCUACUAUGCAUCUAGAUUGGCUUGGUUACAAGUUGCAAUCAUAAUUAAAUAAAGUCACCAUAUGUGUUUGUUUAUACGUGUGUAUACUAUAUACAAUGUUGUUUGUUUAUAUAUUA